AUGCUCUGGGUAAUACUUACUCUGUGUUCGUGUACGUUUGCCCAGUCUGAUGUAGAUGAAGGAUGUGAAAAUCUGACUCGCGAUAUUGGUCUCCUUCUUUCUGCAGGAAUAUCCGACUACGCACCAAAACUAGAAUCUGUCUUCAGACGACGCACAGAUGAGUCUUGGCGACCUGACAGAGUGCGCAACAGAGUGAACUUACCCCAAUCGAAUUACGAGGUCUCUGAAAUCGUCGAAUAUCGUACUAUCAUCAAUGACCUUCUUGAUAACUCUUCGGAGAAAAUCAGAAAGCUCUUAUUUGGUGCUGAUCAAGGGGUCACCGAACUGCGGAAGACUCUUUUAGAUGUGUACAGAAAAAAGUUGCCUGUUACAUACAAUCAAACAGAAGUCGAAAAGCCCAUCGAGAAAAAAUACUAUUAUAACGCGGGUUAUACAAACACGCCACAUGAAAACCUAGAAGAAGAAGAUCCCUAUGCCUCGAUCCGUCAGAAUAUCGAGUCUUUAGCACUGAAUAAGUGUUUCGGAGACGGCCAAAUCAACGUUAGUUUUGAGCAGUCGACAGUUCAUGUUCCAUUCAAUGUGUAUUCGCUGAGUGACGAUGUUCUUACGACGGCUGUUUAUUCCACUGGUCUGGACAAAACUUUCACGGAGAAUGCAAAAAACAGUAAGGUCUUGAGCUGGCAGUAUUUUGCCUCUAGCAAGGGACUUACUCGUUUUUACCCCGGCCUCAAAUGGAAACUUGAAGACGAAAUCAAGCGUCCGAUCGACUACGAUGCCAGAUUUGAGUCUUGGUACGCCUCUAGCAUCAAUUACCCGAAAGAAAUCAUCAUCAUGGUCGACUCUUCCGGAUCGAUGAAAGGCUAUCGCAAAGUUCUGGCUAUUCUUACAAUUAGAACUAUUAUUGACUCUCUAUCUGACCAGGACUUUUUCAACGUAAUUCAUUUUGAGUCUACUCCAUCUUAUCUUCACAGUUGCUUCGAGAGAACCCUCGUUAGAGCUACAGACUUUAACAAGCAGCAAUUCAAGGAAAGGUUUUGA